GUACGACAUUGAUCAAUUGCCUGCUUAUUGUCGUCGUAGUCCUCAAUUAUGGACUUUCCAAGGCUAUGUUAUUUAUCGUUCGAUUAUUGAGCCUGUCAUGCCUAUGCGAUUCACACGACAGUUUGGGAUGUUGCAAACCAUUCUUGGUCUUACCCAUCCGUAUACGGAGGCCUAUCAUAAACCCAAGGGAUGUAAAUCGACCCAUUUGGUACAAGCAUGCAUGGCGCAAUGGAGGGAUAAUCGCUUCGCCCUUACCGUUUUUCAUCAAAUGGAGCCCGUAGUAGGAGAGAAUCCAUUCCAAAUUACUGUGGAGUAUGCUCACUGGUUUGCAACAUACGGUCGGCGUAUUAUUGGAAACCCUUAUCAUCGACCUCUAGAGGGAUCUGAAAAUACUUCUGCCAAACUUGCAUUCUUGGUGAAUACAAUAAAGAAAGCGGAGCGUCGACUCGGUAAAGUUCCCGGAGCGGUUGCUGCAGAGGUUCAAGACAACCUAAGGGGUGCAUUAGAAAAUGUUGACCACAACGAAGAUGAGCUUGUUGAAGACGAAGAUGAAGGAAUGCAUGGAGACGAAGAUGAGUUUGAUGCUGACGAGGUCGAGACUAAUCCAUAUUUCCCCCAAACUUUGAAGUUGAAGUUGGAGGAACACUUUCCAUACACUCUUUCCCAUAAAGCAACAAUUUAAAGAAAGGGUUAAUUUUACAAUAUCC